AUGACCAUGAAGGUCCGCGGAUUCAACAGAUUUAAUGAAAUUACUAUCACAUCAACCAUCUACGAGAUAAAUGAAAUUAAUAGUCAUUCCAACACUGCUGAUGCUUAUGAAAUUUGUAUUUUACAUUGGGCGAUAUCAUGUCUGGCCAUAUCAAUCUUCCUGAUUUUAACAGAAAUUCGAAAAGCCGAUUGCCAAUCUAAGCCAAGUUUAACCGGUAUAGCAGCUCGUCGAGAUUCGAUAGCCGAUUGGUUACUAUGGGGUUGCAGCGACUCGUCGUGCGCCAAGCCAGAACGACCUGCUCCCGAAUACGAGGGCUACGAUGGCUGGUACAACAAUCCAUCAAAACCAGAUCUAGGAGCUAUAGAUACACCAUUAUUACGUAGAGUACCGGCCGCAUACGAGGAUGGUGUCUACAAACCCUCAGGAAGCGACAGACCUAAUCCGCUGGAGUUGAGCCGACAAUUAUUAUCAGGACCACCUGGACAAAUGUCAAAAACUGGCAAAAGUGCUCUACUAGUGUUUUUUGGCCAACAAGUGGUCGAAGAAAUUCUAGAUGCCCAACGUGCAGCCUGCCCUCCUGAAUAUUUCAACGUUCCAAUACCAGAAGACCAUGAAUAUAGGGUGAAAACUAAUCAUACUGAAAUGCCUGUCCUUAGAACCAGAUUCGACGCUUCUACUGGAUUUUCACCAAAUAAUCCUCGGCAACAGUUGAACGAGAUAACACCUUACUUAGAUGGCGGCCUGAUGUAUGGUACAUCAAGGGCCUGGGCAGAUCAGCUUCGUACAUAUUCUAAUGGUACCAUGGAUCCUAAUGGCCUACUGGCGACUUCUCACAAUGGAUUAUUUCCUGAGUACAACACUGUCAGGUUGCCUAUGGCAAAUCCACCACCUCCUACAUUGCACGAAGAAUUUGUUAAGAAGCACGAACUAUUACCAGUCAACAGAUUUUUCAAAUUGGGAAAUCCACGUGGUAAUGAAAAUACGUUUCUUCUGACUUUUGGAAUUCUGUGGUUCAGAUGGCACAAUCAUUUAGCAAAAGCUUUUGCCAAAAGCAAGCCAGAUUGGUCAGGAGAAAAGAUAUUCAAUGAAGCACGAAAAUGGACAAUAGCAACACAACAGCAUAUAGUUGUUUAUAAGUGGCUUCCUGAAUGGCUCAGCAAAGAACUGCCGGUUUAUGAAAAAUACGAUCCAAGUAUUGAUCCACAGAUAGACCAAUUUUUCCAAGCUGCUGCUUUUAGAUUUGGCCACACCUUAGUGCCAUCAGGAGUGUAUCUUCGAGAUUAUGGAAGGAAUGGAUGUGGUAUACACAUACCGAAUUGGAACAGAACAGCUGUAAGAACUUGUAACAGUUUCUGGAGACCACAAGACGCAAUCAAGACCAAUUAUACGACCAGUGAAUUUGUUGACAUUGACAGAUUGCUCAUGGGCAUGGCUUUUCAAGCUUGUGAACGUGAAGACAAUAUAAUUGUUGAAGAUCUAAGAGGUCGUGUUUUUGGGCCAUUAGAGUUUUCAAGAAGGGAUCUGAUGGCAUUGAAUAUUCAGCGCGGUCGGGACCAUGGCUUGCCCGAUUUUAACACAGCCAGAAAAGCUUAUAAUUUGGCUCCUGUUGUGAAUGUUAACCAUUUUGUCAACGUUAAUGCUAGUAUUCGCCAAAAAUUAAGCAACCUUUACAGUGGUAAUCUAGAAAAAUUGGACAUUUGGGUUGGCGGUAUCCUUGAGACUGCAGAAGGUCCUGGGGAAUUUUUCACCGAAGUCAUUCAAGAUCAAUUCAGAAGAAUCAGAGAUGGCGAUCGUUUCUGGUUCGAAAAUAUGGGAAAUGGAUUAUUUACGAGAGCUGAGAUCGACAGAAUAAAAUUGCUAGAAUUAAGCGAUAUUAUAAUGGCAGUUACAAAAAUGGAAGCGGGCGAUAUUCAGACAAAUGUCUUCCAGAUACCACUGGAAAAAGAUUGCUAG